AUGAGUUCACCAUGGCCGUUUGUAGCUUGGGGCAUGAAUGUCAUCGUCUUAAUAGAUCCAGCAGCUUCUAAUGGACACAGAUUUAUUUUGGUUGCCAUUGAUUACUUCACCAGGUGGGUGGAAAUAGCUUCGUGCAAAUCAGUGACCAAGAAAGUUGUAGCUGAUUUUGUUCAAAACAAUUUUAUAUGCAGGUUUGGUGUACAAGAAUCCAUCAUUACUUAUAAUGGAGAAAAUCUCCACAGUCACUUGAUGAGAAUUAUUUUUGAACAACUUAAGGUCACUCAUCGGAAUUCAACCGCUUAUCGUCAACAAAUAAAUAGUGUUGUAGACGCUGCCAAUGAGAAUAACAAGAACAUUCUGAGGAAAAUUAUUGCUAAGCACCGAGGAAUAGAAGCAGUCAUACCCGCUGAUGUUGAAAUACUGUCUUUGAGAAUUAUCCAAGAAGCUGCAUUGAGUAAUGUUGAAUGGGUUAGCAAGAGAAUUGAUCAGUUAAGUUUUAUCAACGAGAAGAGAAUGGUUGUCUUUUGUCCUGGCCAAUUAUAUCGACAAAGAGUGAUCCGCGCUUUCUAUAAGAGAGUCAUAGCCCGAAAUUUUGAAAUCGGUCAGUAA